AUGGAAGAUGACGAAGAACAUACAUAUUAUGGCGAUGCGGCUAUACUCGAACCUAUUGCUGAACAACAAGAUGAUGAGAUUACAACGUCUCCAAUGAGUAGUUCAAGUAUGGAUACGAGUUUUGUCGAAGAAGAACGACGAGCUCACGAAGAAAUACGUCAAUUUGAGGAGCUCGAAAAACAAUUUGCUUCUAAUCGACGUGGUAUACGUGUUAAAUUUGAUGAUGAACAAGUUACACCAUCGAUACAAACAACAGUUAUUAAAACUGAACCGUGUUUUCAAGUUAAUUCAACUGAGGAUCAAGUUACUAAACAUUUUUAUCAAAAUCAGUUUCAAUUGAAAGAUGAAGAGAAUAAUCAAGGAUCGAAUAAAAUUUUAUCAAGAACACCAAGUGAACGAGAUAGCCUUGAAGAAGAAUAUGUUGUUGCAUUUGAACAAGAAAAAGAUACAUCACAAAAGCCAAAUGAAAUUAAAAACGGCAACUAUAAUAAAAUUCCUGAUCUUCUUGAUCAAAUUUGUUGUACUUCACCCGGUAAAUCAAUCCUUAAGAAGUCUCAAAAGAAAGAAAGAAUUCUAACAACAAAAUUCGAUCAAACUUCAGAUCCUCGUUCAACUUCUCCGCCUACUUUGAAUAAGAAAAAAAGUCUUUCUACUCGCUCUGAUUCCAAUGAAAUUCAACAUUUGGCUGAAGCAACGGCUAAACAAACAUUGUCUCAAACACUUCCUCCCAUUCGUUCACUUUUUGAACCAACAAUUAAUAUCUUUGACACAUCAUUAUCAAACCAAGUUGUGCCAAACACUCGUCGUCCAGCUCGACUUCAAUACUAUGUUAAACCGUAUAGAGGAAGCACUUAUAUCCAUCCGGAUAUCAAUAAAAAAAAUCGAUCAAGAUCACUUUCAGAACAAAGACUUGGUCAAGAAUCAAGAGCAAGUGUUUGGUAUACUUUUUCAAAUCAAUACAAUCAGCCAUCGACUGGAGAAUGGAACAGGAGACAACAUGUAUCGUGGUCACCUGUUAGAGAAUAUAUUCAUCAAGGAAGAAAUAAAGUUCUUAAGUCACCGACGAAAAAAACUGAAUUACCACCAAAUAAAACUUCAUCUCUAUUAACAGCAAAUUCAUCGAGUAGUCCAUGUCUUCGAAGUUCAUCGUCAAUGAUUCCAGUUUCUGUUCGUUAUCGGUCGUCCCGUUUAUCUGAGAUACCUCAGCAUUUUCGUCAAUCUUUUCCUCCUUCAUCAAUAGAUUCAUAUGAAUCGUCUUCUAUAACAAAUUGUUCUCUAACACCAAUAACACCUACUUCGCAGAAUAGUCAAUAUGAACAAAAGAAAGAGAAAAAUUUUAUAUCGUCAUUACCUGAUAUAAUACAUCAACAUCGGCAAGAACAUGAUAAUACACUUCAACGUUAUGAUCGAUUAUUAGAAAAGAUGCGUGCAACAGAUGAACAACUUCAAACACUAUCAAGAUCAUGGACAAACAAUACACAAAAAAAAACAAGAUCGACCUGUGACUUGGAUUUAUCACUAAAUAAAUCAACUAGUAGCAGUACACUUUUUUCACCAACGUCUCUUCAAAUGUGUCUUAUAAUUUUGGUAAUUUUUAAUUUACUCUUCAUAUAUUUAUUCAGCAAAGUAAACAUAUGGUGGAGUCAAUCUGCUGCUCAUACAAUGACAACUGAACAGCGUGACGAAGGAGAAUUUCAGUUUUGA